ACGUCAAAAUACAGUGGGCUCAAUGUGUACUCGAGGUCAAAGUUCACUUUUAAAAGUAACGUCUCUGAUAAAGUAACAACAUUCACAUCUUCACACAUCAAAUCCUUGCAUGUUACUUUAUUACUUGAACAAAUUUAUCAAAAUAUGGCUUUGACGAGACCAGUGUUUAUUGUGGCUGCUAAAAGGACUCCCUUUGGGUCGUUUGGAGGUAAACUACGUGAUAUAAAAGCCACUAUGCUGGGUGUUCACAGUUCGAAAGCUGCACUAGAAAGCGGAGCUGUGGAUCCUGCAACGGUCGAUUCAGUGAUUUUUGGUAAUGUUAUUCUGUCUUCGACUGAUGCUAUCUACUUAGCAAGACAUGUUGGCCUUCACUCGCAAGUACCUAUUGCGUCAACCGCCCUUUCUGUCAAUCGUUUGUGUGGCUCAGGAUUUCAAGCAAUUGUGACUGCUGCCCAGCAAAUUGUUCUUGGAGAAAGUGAUAUAGUUCUUGCUGGAGGAACAGAAAAUAUGAGUCAAGCACCAUUUGCUGUCAGGGACAUAAGAUGGGGACCAAAAUUUGGCUCUGAACUCAAAUUAGAGGAUACUUUGUGGGCAGGUCUUACAGACAGUUACUGCAAUUUUCCUAUGGCUGUAACAGCCGAGAACCUUGCUGAAAUGUAUAAAAUAUCUCGUGAAGAUUGUGAUCGGUAUGCUCUUGAAUCACAGACAAGAUGGACUAAUGCUCAGCAAUCAGGUGUGUUUGAGGCAGAAAUUGCAUCAAUAAAAGUGAAAGGUCGCAAAGGUGAAGAGGACUUUGGUGUUGAUGAACACCCUCGUGUAGGAACAGAUAUGACAAGUUUAGGAAAAUUACCUCCUGUUUUUAAGAAAGAUGGAACUGUUACAGCUGGUAAUGCAUCGGGUAUUUGUGAUGGAGCUGCAUCAUUGGUAUUAGCCAGUGAGAAGGCAGUGAAGGAACAAGGUCUUAAACCAUUAGCUCGUUUAAUUUCUUACUGUGUAUCUGGUGUUGAGCCAUCAAUCAUGGGGAUCGGUCCAGUGCCUUCAAUGAAGGGAGCUUUGACAAAGGCAGGCAAAACACUAGAUGACAUGGAUUUAAUUGAGGUGAAUGAAGCAUUUGCUGCACAAAUUUUGGCAGUAAUGAAAGAAUUAAAUUUGAACCAUGAGAAAACAAACGUCAGGGGUGCAAUUGCACUUGGCCAUCCUUUGGCAACAUCUGGUGCAAGAAUCAUGGGUCAUCUAGUCCAUGAGCUUAGACGCACUGGUGGUAAAUUUGCUAUAGGGUCAGCAUGUAUAGGUGGUGGUCAGGGGAUGGCUUUGGUUAUUGAAAACAUACAAUAAACAGAUGGGGGUUUCAGUUGUUCUAUGUUUAAUGUUGACAUGAAAAAUAUUUUUUAAUCUAUAUGAAAAAUAUUUGCCUUUUUAUUCAUAUGUAUGGGCUAUAGUCAAUUACGGUCCAGCAUUUUUGUUUUUUUAAACAGUUCUUAAACAAUAAAUAUUUACAAGAAACUUUAAAAUUCCACCAACAAUUUACUUGCUUGCUUCACGUGCCUAAAUAAUAAUUGUUAGUGCUGAUUAAUUGUUAUUAAAGUUUAUCAAUUUCAUAAAAAAA